CUAAUUUUUGUUUAAGUUUUUGUUAAAGCAAUUGAUAGACUUGAUACGGAUUGUCUCGAUUGUCUUAUCUUAGCAUCUUGAAGAUGAACGCUCCGCUUGUAGCUCCGUCUAUUUUCCGCUCCAGCUUCUGCAUCCCCCUUUUACGGAUUUACAAUAAUCAAUUCAAUAAUAUCUUUAGGUACAGUGAUGCAAUCGUCUCCAACCUUACUCCUUCCAGACCUUUCUUUUCGCUCACCUCCCCUGCUCUUCGUUUGCCUCCUCUCACCAUGGCAUCUUCCAGUAAAACGCCUACCCAGGGGUUCAGUGAGGCUGGCAAUGAAGUUAAUGUUUUCCAGUUAAUUCAAGUUCAUCAGGAAAAAGCUGCCAGACUGCCUCCAAUUGAGGAAGUUAGGACGGUUCUCAAUUAUAGCCUGCGUGGAGUGCUCUCCACUUUCUCACAGAAAUAUGAAGGAUAUCCAUCAGGUUCCAUGGUUGAUUUCGCUUGUGAUGCCAACGGAUCUCUAAUAUUAUCAAUCAGCAAUUUGGCAGCGCAUUCAAAGGAUCUCUUAGCUAACCCCAAGUGCUCAUUGCUUGUUGCAAAAGAUCCCGAGGAUAAGACCGAUUUAAUCAUAAAUGUGUAUGGUGACAUUGUUCCUGUUUCUGAGACAGAGAAAGAGGAUGUCCGUGCUGCAUAUUUGGUUAGGCACCCUGAUGCAUUCUGGGUUGACUUUGGAGAUUUCCAUUUCCUAAGAAUUGAACCCAAGGUUGUGCGAUAUCUAUCAGGUGUUGCAACUGCUUUAUUGGGAUCAGGAGAGUUCAGCAAAGAGGAUCUCAGAGCUGCAAAAAUUGAUCCCAUCUACCAAUUCUCUAAGCCAAUCACAUCCCACAUGAAUAAAGAUCACAUGGAAGAUACCAAACUGAUUGUGCGGCACUCAACAUCUGUUCCAGUAGAGUUUGCUUGGAUGCUGGAUGUGGACAGUCUUGGAUUUUAUGUUAAGGCUGUAUACCAAGGGAGUACUUUCAAGCUUCGAGUUCCUUUCCCUAGACCAGCAAUGGAUAGAAAGGAUGUUAAGACCCUGAUAGUUGAAAUGCUAGAGGCUGCAAGAACUCGAGGUGUUUAGUUCACAAAUCUGGCUUGCUGUUUACACUUCUGUUAUAUGAAAUGAAACUGUGAUUUAUUU